UCUGUCUCUUUCUCGUUCCUCUGCUCUCACGCUCGCUUGCUCAGUUGCUUAUUCAUGGCUUCCAAGCUGUCAUUAUUCAAUUUUAUUGAUAUAUGGAUCCCAAUCGAGAAAUUCUCGAAGACCCCUCCGAUAAUUCCUAACGUUGUUCUUCCACCGCUUAGUUCUACUGGUUUUUGUUGCACUAGGAGCGUUGCAAGUACUAGAGGAAGAGUUGCAGUUACUCAUGCAGUGAAGGAAGAAGUGGUUCAAUCGACCAAUUUGGAGGAUACCCAGAAGCCCAAAUCUACCCCUUCUACUCCUAAGCUCGUACUGGUGGUCGGAGGCACCGGUGGUGUCGGACAGUUGAUAGUAGCAUCCUUGCUCAAUCGGAAUAUUAAGUCAUGCCUAAUAAUACGAGAUCCUUCCAAAGCAAUAUCUUUGUUUGGUAAACAAGAUGAGGAUACUUUACAGGUACGGAAAGGGGACACACGGAACCCAGAUGACCUGGAUCCAGCUAUAUUUGAGAGAGUUACACAUGUUAUAUGCUGCACUGGGACAACAGCUUUUCCUUCAAAGAGAUGGGAUGGAGAUAAUACUCCGGAAAGAGUAGAUUGGGAAGGUGUUCGGAAUCUUGUAUCUGCACUGCCUCCAUCAGUGGAGAGAUUUGUUCUUGUUUCCUCAGUAGGAGUAACAAAGUACAAUGAACUUCCAUGGAGCAUCAUGAAUCUCUUUGGAGUUCUCAAGUUUAAGAAGAUGGGGGAGGAUUUUGUUUGCAAUUCAGGUCUUCCCUUCACAAUAAUUAGAGCUGGAAGAUUGACAGAUGGGCCAUACACCUCAUAUGACCUGAACACUUUGCUUAAAGCAACUGCUGGGCAACGGCGUGCAGUCCUUAUAGGUCAAGGGGAUAAACUUGUAGGAGAGGUUAGCAGACUUGUUGUUGCUGAAGCUUGUAUUCAGGCAUUGGACAUAGAGUUUACUCAAGGUCAAAUAUAUGAAAUCAACUCAGUUGAGGGGGAAGGACCAGGAAGUGACCAGGAAAAGUGGAGGGAUCUUUUCCAAGCUGCAAAAGCCCAAUGACUGAAUUCACGGCAGAAUAAUAGGCUUCUUCCUUGUGCUUGUUGGGAAAUCCAGUUAUACCAUUCACCUGUACCAUUUGAAGAUGCCUUUGUAAAGCGAGGAAUGAAACAGAGAGAGAAAUCCACACAAAUUGCAGACUAAAGAUGUAUUAGCAUGCCAAAACUGCCCAUUUAAGAGUUGUCCGAAAUCAUAUAUCCAUACAUAAAAGAAGAUAUUUGAGUUCUAUUA